GAUUUCUGUUUUAUGUUCAUGAGUACGUCCUUGCUGCAUUAGUAUCUUGAAAAGUAAGAACUAAAGUCUGAUAUUUAUUUUUCGUGAUACAGCAAAGUCAAAUCAAGAUAAGCUCUAAGUAGACUUAUGGAUCACUUUGACACUGUAACUCGUAGUGUAGCACUUCCGAUGUUCAGAUGGAUGGUGAAUUGUGCGUAUGUUGCUCGGGAACGAUAUGUAAAAGAGUACGAAUGACUUGUUAGCACCUUUUCCUUGUUAUUAACAGAUGCGCAGGAGUUCAGCGACAAAACGUAAAUGAGGAAAACUGCACAGUCCUCAGCUUACAUAUCCACGGUACUAUAUCAAGCAGUUGCAGGAUAGGCUUGUUAUGGAUGUCAAUUUGGCAGACGUACUACAAAUUGGAUGUAUUGAAUAAACGGAAUGUGCCACCACAACGGUGUCGUAUAUAAGCUCAGCUAGUUAUCAGAUCUGAGAUGCAUCCUAUGAGAUCCUUCAGUCAUACCUGCAUGGGAGGCUGUUUAUCAUCGCGAUCAUAACUCUUACACAUUAAUUAUUACUCUGCUAUUUUUUUUCAAAAUUAUGGGUUGUUUUUAUGUCGAUCCAUCUUGAAUUGGAUAACUAUCAAAACAUGAAAAAUAUACGUAUUAUGGCGUUGAUGAAAUGUGUCUACACUUCAUGGUUUUGUGGAUCGCUUAACCCACUUUGUGUUCUUGUCUUUUAUUGUCUUACGCAAUUUGAUACCUUCCGAGCCGAAUGAAGUGAGGAAACAAACACUGAAAGGCGGGUAAGUAAUAAGCGAAAACUAAUCUGUGGUGUUACCACUUCUGAAACCUCCGAUCAACAACAUUGAGUCUUACAGCAAUGAAAAGGUGUGGUAUCUCUUUUUUUAGCCGAAAUCAUGAGCGGAUUCACUCACGCGCCACAACACCUUGUCCGAUCACGAACAUGUCUGCACAAAGACUUCCUCUGUCUUCAUCAUCAAAUGUUUCAUCUGGAAAUCUCUCCAAUGACGACAGAGGUGCCUCAGCAGGACCGUUGCCUUACCACCACUAUGGGGACAACCUUUAUAUUUAUGAGGCCAAACUGAGGUCGUGCGCAGCCCAAAGUAGCACUUCUGUGCAGGCUGCAAGGCAACAACUCUUUGAGGUGCGACGUAUUCGCUUGGAACACAGGGCGAAUGAUAAGAAAAGGCGGCUAUGGUUCUCCAUGAUUAUUACUGUGUUGCUAUGGAUGUUUAUGAGUGAUCAGGCCAAUCGGUACUCUGCCAUGUUUACCCAUCUUCAGACCCAAGAAUACGCCAAGGCGUACCUUCCGGUGAAGUGGGUUGUCGUUAAAUAAUCUUUCCGUGGCCCUAACCCCCCUUCCUAUAUAUGAUGCGGAAGCAAGUUGUAGUAGUGAGCAGACAUUUUCACAAAGUUACAUUUCUUGGUCAUGAAUAUCACUUUCAUUUUUUAUUGUGGAAAGGUGAAGACGGUGGGCCUAGUUGUAAGUUUUAUUGUGGAGAAAGUAUAGAGUCAUGGGCUCACUGACUCAGGUCCAUAUCUAUUCGCGCAUAGAUACGCACGUUGACCAAAAGAAAAGCAAAUAGAAGUAUGUGCGUGCUCUAAAACAACAACAACA